CCACUCCCAGGCCAGGCUACCCCGCGGACCGGGUCCUCCACGCGCCCAGGCGAGGCACUGGGCUCCCUCUGCUUCCCGUGGGCCGCUCCCCGCGUGGGGCCACUGCCCUUGGCCCCCGCCAUGGUGCGGAUUUCGAAGCCCAAGACGUUUCAGGCCUACUUGGAUGAUUGUCACCGGAGGUAUAGCUGUGCCCACUGCCGAGCUCACCUGGCCAACCACGACGACCUCAUCUCCAAGUCCUUCCAGGGCAGUCAGGGGCGUGCCUACCUCUUCAAUUCUGUGGUGAAUGUGGGCUGCAGGCCAGCAGAGGAGCGGGUGAUGCUGACAGGUCUUCAUGCUGUCGCUGACAUCCACUGCGAGAACUGCAAGACCACCUUGGGCUGGAAAUAUGAGCAAGCCUUUGAGAGCAGCCAGAAAUACAAAGAGGGGAAGUACCUCAUUGAACUCAACCACAUGAUCAAAGACAACUGGAGACGCAAGGUCAUCUUUGACGGGGGGGCAGACUUCUGGCAGGUUCACCACCAUGAACUACUGCAAAAGUGA